CACAAAACUAGUCUCGAAGAUCGAGUUGCGCUGCUAUUUCGCCGACUCGCGUCUUUACUCGUCUCUAAUUCUAAAAUUUCAUCGGUUUACGAUUUUUCAUAGAGCGAUCGUGUGAUACAGCCAUCAUGUGCUUCAUGAACGAUAUGAAAGUUUUGUAACCCUGGAAAGUGUACUUUUUGAAUUGAAAGUUGCGCAAAUACAAAAUGUUUCUCAUCGAAAACUCGAAGAAAGAACAGCAGCAGCAGCAGCGAACGCGACGGUCGAGACGAUUGCCGAUAACAAAAGUCUGCGAUUAAUAAACCUCGACGUUAAAAAACAAACAGCACACGUGGCUCACAGUGCUAAUUUUUUUUUCCUCGUACGUAUCGAAAGACGGCAAAAAACGACAACAACAACAACAAAAAUAAAAAUAAGAGUGCGCAACAAUGACUAGGAACUUCAGGCGAGCUUUAACGAGAUUCGCGCUCGUGCUCUGUUUUUUCUUUCUGCUCUUUCUACUCGUCGUGCAUAAUAACAAGGGACUGGAAUCGCCGCUGAAAAUCAGGCGGCCGGACAGAGGUGCCGCCGCUGUGGCUGGCUUUGAAAAAUUACAGAGGGAGGCCAGCUUGGAAAAUAAGGAGCGCCGAGCACGCGUCCAAAGAGUUUGCCAGAAGUACAGGCUGGGCCCGUACAGAACGCCGGACUUUGAGCAGGAGUUCAGAGAACCACCGGCGCCCCAGUACAGCGUGUUUUACAUCGACAGAGCCCACAACAUCUCGUACUGUCCGAUUUACAAAGCCGGCAGCACCACGUGGAUCUACAACAUGUGCCUGCUGAACGGGGCUGAGGAGGCCGAGUUAGCCAGCGGAAAGGAGCAGAUAUCCAUGAUCGCCAGGAGACUCAUGCCGGAAAUCGAUUUGCCGCUGGCGGAAUCGUUGUUGAAUUCGAGCGCGAAAUUACUGAUCGUGCGACACCCGUUCGAGCGCCUGCUGAGCGCCUAUCGGGACAAACUGGAGAACUCCGUGGCCGGCAGAGAGCACGGAACGCUGCACUUUUACAAAAAGUUCGGAUCAAAGAUCGUGGCGAAAUUUCGAGAUGAGAACGUGAGCCCGCCGAGGGAGGACCAGUUCGUGAGAGUACCCGGUAAACCCGAGCCGGCCGGCGUCGAGCCAACCUUCCGCGAGUUCGUCGAGUAUCUCGUCAACACGGAUCUGGCCAACUACGGCGACGACCAUUGGAUGCCCUACUACCUCUUCUGCACGCCCUGCCUCGUCGAUUACGACUUCAUAGCCAAGGUUGAGACAUUGGCUCGCGAUCAGGCCUACGUGAUCCAUCGAUUGGGGCUGGACGAGGCGAUAAAGCCGCGCUGGCAGCACGCCGUGGGCAGCAGCAGCAAUGCUUCGUCGUCGUCCUCGCCGAGCAUCAAUCGAGUCUCCGACCUGGCCAAGAUCUACUUCGGCCAGUUGACGCAGCGCCAGCUGCGCAAGCUCCACGACAAAUUUCGCCUGGAUCUCGAGCUGUUCGGCUACUCGGCCGAGGAGUAUUACGAUUACGCGACGGCCGCUUAAGACUUUUUUUGUACGAGGUUUUUAUGUAUAGCU